UUUGUUGUUAUAAUUUAAUUCAAGGGUAAAAUGUAGCUUUUGGACCCAAAAGAAGAAAAAGAAAAAGAGGCCCCAACUCCUAACAUGAAAUUUAAGCAACAGUUGAAUUAGGAACCUUCAGGGCAGGGAAAGUGCGUGUAAAAGAGGACCCACAUGACAUUGGCCUUCAGCCCAUGCGAAACUCGAAGAGCAGAGAAUUAGCGUAGGACUUGGGAGUUUGGAGCUCCUGUCUUGGCUUGACGCUAAUCUGGAUGAGACGGAUAUGGGAGAGAAGAGAUACUUGUUAAGACUCUUCAUCUCGGCGAAGCACAUAACGGCAAACGUCGUGGACGAGAGCAGCGGCCGGAUGGUGGCAACGGCAUCGACGGUGGAACACGCAAUCAAGGACGCUUUUGACUCCAAGGCCUCGGCCCCGGCCAUUGGAGAGGUGCUGGCGAUGCGGCUGAAGACGGAGGGGCUAGGAAGUGGAGUCCACAUCCACGCCGCGAAGGAAAUCGAGAAGAAGGAGCUCCACAGCUGUCCGAAGGCAUGGGCCAUAGUUAACGCCAUAAAGAGUAAGGGGUUCAAGGUUGUUAUUCCCGAUCAUAAUAGCUGCUUGUCUUAGAUCUUAUUUUGGGCUCUACCCUGGGCCUAUCACUUUUAUUUGGGCUUUCCUUCUAAUUUUUCAACCCAGUUACGGAAUAGCGGCUUGACAGGUAUUGUCUAAAGGUGGACAAACAUGAGCAAUGCCCGUUAGUGACCGAUUCUUCUUUUUAUGAUUUGUCUCUUAAACAACCAAACAAAUAUAUUAGUGCCUGAUUUACUUGCUAGUCUUCUCUAACGUUUUCCUUUCUCUUUAUGCCUUCCUCAUU